AAAAUAUGAAACAAACUAAAUAAAAUUGUAAUAAUUUGAGUAUGUUACAUUUAGGUUAUACUAUUGAGACCAUGGACGAACAAAAUGAAGGAACACUUGCAACAUCGUUAGGGCUACUCUGUGUCGAUGAGAUUAACGGAAACAGAUUCCUAUCAUCUUUUCCUAACCAACUCUUAGAGGUGGAAGAUAUCAUAGGUUACGAGUUUAAAAACCGACAACUUCUCCUCCAAGCCUUCACCCACUCUUCUUGCCAUAACGAAGAUUCUAAGUCUUACGAUAGACUCGAGUACAUAGGAGACGCAGUCUUGAAUCUUCUAGUAGCCCGAGAUGAUUUCUUCAAUUACCCGAAACUUUCACCGGGUACAUUGACCAUGCUACGCGCCGCCAAUGUGGAUAGGGAGAAGCUGGCGCGGUCGGCCCUUGUAAUGAAUUUGCACAAAUACUUGCUUCACAAAAAGCCUCUCCUUGAUGGCCAAAUUGAAGUAUUCAUGGAAGCUACAUUGAAUUACCCAAUACACUCCCACGGGUUAAUCGAUGCACCUAAGGUCCUUGCAGACUUGGUGGAGUCCUUGGUUGGAGCUAUUUUCAUCGAUACUAACUCUUCCUUAGAAAUUACAUGGAAGGUGGUAAGGAGAAUAUUGGAGCCGAUAAUAACUAUAGAAACGAUGGGAGUGCAUCCGAUGACGAAGCUUUAUCAAAUGUGCCAAAAGAAUGGAUUAAAAGUGUGUUUUGUGGACUUAUGGAAGGAUACCGGGAGGAUAGAUGUUCUAGUGGACGACGAAUUUAUCGGGAGGGGUGUGUACAAAUCUAAGAAGGAGAUUGCCAUUAAUAGAGCUGCUAACGAUGCAUGUAACAAGUUAGUCGAGAGGUUUAUUCAACAAUAAUAUGAAAAAUAAGAGAAAACGUAAAUUGGGAGAGUAAAUAUAUUUUUGUUAUAUUAAAACAUUUCUUGGUCUUAAAAUUACCGUUACAUUGAUAAAAUUGUGACUAAAAACUAAAGUAUUAGAUUCAACCCUAAUAU